UGAUAUUUUGAAAUUUACCUAUUUUCCAGAACAUUCCAGAUAGAUUCAGUGGUGAGUAAACUUGGAGUAACUUCUAGAACUUUCUAGAACUUUCCAGUAAUAUAAAUAGUAGUAUAAAUACAGGGGCCUUAAGCCCACCAGUUCAGUUUAGUUCCAGCUGCCUAAGUGGAUACAUAUCUGCAUUUUUCUGAGAUGGCAUCAAGAGGCUGCAAGCAUCCGGCAGACGCAUUUUGCUAUGUCUGCGGCCAAUUUAUCAAGACAAGAUCGAAAAAGUACUCAGUGGAAGCAUCUGCUAAGAUGUGUGAGGCCUACAAGGCAUAUUUCGGCAUGCCUGUCGGGGAUCAAGACAAACCCUGGGCACCUCAUUUCACCUGCGAGCACUGCAAAAAAACUCUGGAAGGAUGGUACAGAGGGGAAAAGAGAGCCAUGAAGUUCGCUAUCCCAAUAAUUUGGCGGGAACCCACUGACCACUCAAGCAACUGCUACUUCUGCAUGGUGGACCCUUCCAAACGUCGGACUGGCAAGAAUGCACCUGCUAUCACGUAUCCAGACCUUCCUUCAUCCAUCGCCCCGGUGCCACACUGCCAUGAGCUCCCCGUACCCACUCCUCCGGAGAGAGAGCAGCCGUCUUUAGAAGAGAGCAGUCAGAGAUCCAGAUGACAAUUUCAGAGGUGGAGCUGAGGAGAGAAACCCAUACUACCCCAACCAAAAAGACCUCAACGACUUGAUUAGAGAUCUUGGUCUCACCAAGUCCAAUGCCGAGCUUUUGACGUCUAGGCUCAAGCAGUGGAACUUGUUGGAUGAAAGUGUGCAAGUCGCAGAUCAGAGGAAGCGUCACCAACCUUUUUCCAGCUUCUUCACCUGUCAAGAUGGGCUCUGCUUCUGCCACAAUGUGACCAGUCUGUUCGAGGCAGUCGGAAUCGCCUGUAACCAGAAUGAGUGGCGCCUCUUCAUUGACAGCUCAUCCAGGAGCCUCAAAGCCGUGCUGCUCCAUAAUGGUAACAAGUACCCGUCUCUUCCCCUGGCUCACUCGGUGCACCUCAAAGAGGAUUACAACAGCAUCAAGACCUUGCUGGACGCCUUGAAGUAUGAUGAGUACGGCUGGGAGGUCAUAGGAGACUUCAAAAUGGUGGCAUUCCUGAUGGGUCUCCAAGGCGGUUUUACCAAGUUUCCCUGCUAUCUUUGCCUUUGGGACAGCAGGGACACCAAGGCGCACUACCACAGGCGGGACUGGCCACAGUGGACCGAGUUCUCUGUGGGGAGGAACAACGUCAAGUGGGAGCCACUGGUGAACCCCCGGAAGGUGCUGAUGCCACCGCUGCACAUCAAAUUGGGCCUUAUGAAACAAUUUGUCAGAGCUCUAGGUAAGGAGUCGGCAGCCUUCAAGUACCUUCAAGACUUCUUCCCUAAGCUGUUUGAGGCAAAGGUCAAAGCCGGUGUCUUCGUCGGACCACAGAUAAAGAAGAUCCUGGAGAGCAAUGAAUUCCCCAAGAAGCUCACUAGUAAGGAGAAAGCGGCUUGGAACAGCUUUGUCGCAGUGGUUCGGGGCUUCCUGGGCAAUCACAAGGCCGAAAACUAUGUGGAGCUGGUUGAGACUCUGGUGAAGAACUACGGCACAAUGGGCUGUAGGAUGUCCCUCAAAGUCCAUAUCCUUGAUGCUCAUCUUGAUAAAUUCAAGGAGAACAUGGGAGCGUACUCGGAGGAGCAAGGCGAGCGCUUCCACCAGGAUAUACUGGACUUUGAACGCCGCUACCAAGGACAGUAUAACGAGAACAUGAUGGGAGACUACAUUUGGGGGCUGAUUCGUGAAAGUGAUUUACAGUAUAAUCGUAAAUCUCGAAAAACUACUCACUUCUAAAUCUUUUGUAGUCAUUUUU